AUGACAGCUACCUCUAUUUCUAGUUUGAAGUCUGUAUCCACAGAAGAAACCCUCGCCUUCUUCAACGCCAUCCCCAGAUGCGCCGAGAUCCUGUCUCGGUCGGAUCUGAGGGUGAUCCACCCGCGCAACCCAGACUCCUUCUUCCACUCGACCCUCCGGUCCAACCACGGAAUCCUCAAGUCCGUCUUCAUUUACCAGCCGGCUCAUACCAGAACAUCAACAUCUUCAAAUUCAGAUGAUACCAAUACUAAUACCAGCGCCAUCGCCAUCGCCACAAACGCAAAACCACGAGAGCGAGAGCAAGGCUACCUCCUGCUCCACCUCGGCCGCGGCGUAUCGGGGCAGCCCGAUAUCGCGCACGGCGGGUUCCUGGCUACCGUGCUGGACCAGGUUACGGGGAAUUUGAUCGGGGCGAGUGGGUUGGAUCGUGGACGGGGGGCGGUUACGGUCUAUUUGAAUGUAAAGUAUCAAAGGCCGGUGAGGGUUCCUGGGGUUGUUGUUGCGAGGGCGGAGAUUGGGAGGGUGGAGGGGAGGAAGAUUUAUGUGGAGGGGGAGAUUUGUGCUGCGGACCAGGAAGGGGAGGGCGAAGGGGAGGAGAUUUGUGCGGCUUGUGAAGGAAUGUUUUUGGUUAAGAGGGAUGUUACAGUUAGGAUUUGA